CCUCGUCCAAGUCCGGAUCAGUCAGUAAACGCGCUACUUCAUCGCGAGCCGUUACUCUCAUCACUUUAAAAGUGAAAACACGACGAAACACGUCUCUAUUUUGAAGAGUAUUUUACGAAAACGACUCGUUAGAGCGAGUGAGACGACUACAUCAUGUCAGUUCUGUGCGUGUUAACCGUUGGAUUGUUGUUAUUCGCUGAUCCAGGGUUGUGCGUUGAAGAUGGUCAUCAACAGCAAGAUCAGCAAAUGAAGAAUGUUAGGGAUGUUGAGGAUCAAUUGAAGGUGCUCAACAAACAGGUCACGGCCCUUUUAGAAAACAGAAGGGAGGACAUUGAAAUGAUUGGGGAGAGCAUGAGGGUUAAGUUGACCAAGAGCAAGGAAUUUGAAGAGGUUAGGGAAGAAAUGAAAAGUUUAAGAUUGGAAUUAGAGCAAUUACGUUCCGGGCACCAUUCAAACAAUGGCCACAAUAGGCAUCAAAACGAAGAAAAGAAUGAUAGGGUGGCUUUAAAAUGGCUUUCGGAUAGCGUCAGCGAAUUAAAACUUGAAGUUCUUGAGGUUCAAAGUGCUCUAAACGCGACGGUCAUCCUUCAGAAUCACGAACAACUCGAUUCCGAUCUCAGUUUAUUACAAACUGAUGUUAUCAAUUUGAACAGAGAAUUGGAAGUUGCCAAAACGAAGAAUUUCAAGUACGAGGCAGAGAUAGCAGCCGUUCGCGAAGAACUUAACUCGGUCAAGGACCACGCAAAGGCAACAGCUUUAGUUUGCGGGAAAACUAAGAAUCAGAUGAAAGCUCUACAAAUAGAAUGGUCCCAAACCUUCAACGCUUUAACUUCGAAAAAAGGAUCAUUACCAACGUUGGAUCAUCCAUCAAGGCACCAAAGAACUCUUCGCAAACACGUUGUAGAUGUAGAAAGAACAGCUAAACAUUUAAAAAGAACUAACGAAGCUUUACAAACAAAAAUAUUAAAAUUAGAGGAAGAAAUGCAAAUUUUACAAAAUUUUGUAAGAAUGGAAGAUAAUAAAUCGUUCGAAUUCGAUCGAAUUAAUGGAAACGAAGUGAACGAGUACGUUAAAAAUCACCGUUUAAACGAAAUUAAUAACGAAGAUAAAGAUAAUAACUUAAAUAAGAGAGUUAUAAAUAAAAGAUUAAACGAUUUGGAGUUACAACAGCGCAAAACCUCCAAUAACAUUCAAAACGUUACCUCUCAAUUAAGCAAUUUCGAUAAAUUACAUCGUUCCAUGUUGGAAUUACUAGAAAAUAUCGAAAAUAUUGAGAAUAAAGUGAAUAAAAAUUUACCAAUGUUCCGUAAAGAAAUUUCUAAACUCGAAGUUCAAACUUCCGAAGCAACUUCGACUAUAUCGGCGUUAAAAGAGGAUCAAGAUAAUGUUAGAUCGUCGAUGAAAGCGAUCGCUUCGACGGUUUCAACGACAAAAGAUAGGUUUGACGAGGAUCACAAAAAAAUUAAUAAUUUAAUUGAAGAUUUUGAAGUGUUACGAACAUCGAGUGAUCUUCAAACUUCGAAGCUCCACGAUCAUAUCCUUAAAACUGAAUCUUCAACGAAAGAUGUUAACGCAACGAAAUCAACUAUAACUCUAGUUCAACAAUUCCAAACGUUCGAAAAGGAAUAUAAAAAUAUUAUUAAUAAACUUCCAUUCGAUUGUACUUCGAUUCAAGGUCCAUCGGGAAUUUAUUUAAUUUCACCGGGUGAAGGUGAACCAAUUACGGCUUAUUGUAACGAAGGUUGGACGACGAUUCAAAGACGUCAAGAUGGUUCUGUUAAUUUUAAUCGAAAUUGGAAUGAUUAUUCAAAUGGUUUCGGAACGGCCACCGGCGAAUUUUGGAUUGGGAAUCGCCACCUGCAUGCACUCACUAGCGAAAACUGUACGAAAUUACAAAUAAAUAUGCGCGAUAUUUACGGUAAACAUUGGCAAGCGAAUUAUGAUGAAUUCCAAGUAGGAAAUUACGAUACCGGAUUUAAAUUAACCGUAAAUAAAUACAGUGGAAAUGCAAGUGACGCAUUGGAUUAUCAAAAUCGCAUGGAAUUUUCAACGGUUGAUAACGAUAGAGAUAUUUCAAAUACACAUUGUGCAAGUAAUUAUGAAGGUGGGUGGUGGUUCUCUCAUUGUCAGCACGCUAAUUUAAAUGGAAGAUACAAUUUAGGAUUAACUUGGUUUGAUAAUUCGAGAAAUGAAUGGAUUGCUGUCGCGAGUAGUGAAAUGAGGCUCAAAAGAAGAAACGUUUGUUAGGGACUUUUUUAAUUAUUUUUUUAAUUUUUUUAAAGAAAGCCAGUUUUUUUUGAAAAAGCCAAAGAAAUCUAGUUCAUUUUAUGUAUUAUCUAAACAUUUUUAUUAACUAAGUUAUUUAUUCUAUGUACAUGAUGAUAAAAAAAAUCAAAAAGAAACAACCCAUCAUAUCAAUUUAAAAAACAUCAGACUGAUUUAGAUAUGUAAUUAAAUUAACUUAUAAUUAAAUAAUUUUUUUUUGCACAUAAAUCUCAUUCCGCACAAGUUAUUUUUUGUCGAACUCGUUGUAAGUGUUUCAAAUCACCUUGUGUAUUGUACAAUAAGGCUUGUAAAUAGUAGAUUGUAAUUAUUUAUUAAUUCAUUAAAACGUUACGUUAGUUGUAAGUGUUAGUCUGCACCUUCUAAUGUAAUUUUUAUUUUUUGAUUGUAACCUCUUGUAAAUAUUAAUUGAAAAAAAUAAAUUAAAUGAGUCGUUUUUA